AUGUUUAGCCUGACUACCCCGCGGGAGGUGACAGUGGUGGAUGGUGUUCAACUAAUAAUAGACUCCCCUCCAGCGAGCGAUCCUCGGAACGCUGACGGGAGCGCGCACAUGUGGCACCGUCGCCGGCGCCGAUUCUGUGUGCACGUUUAUUUUCGAUACGGUCGUCACGCGGCGCGGUUUACAGUAUCCUUACAUAACGUCCUAUGGUGGGCCGGUAGCCAUAGGCUGCGGCGCACCGUGCACCCAAAUCCCCGCAAGCUGCAGGUCGGUGCACGUUCGUAA